GUCGGGUCAGUUUCUGGUCAGCGGUGACACCGACGGUUUUGUCACCGUGUGGGACACGCUGGCCCCGCCCGGGCCCGGGGACCCCCCCGAGCUGCCCCCCCUGCUCCGGUUCCGCGCCCUCCGCGACUGCGUCAACGGCACCAGCCUGCACCCCGGGCUGCCUGUGCUGGCCACGGCCUCGGGGCAGCGCCUGUUCCCGGCGCCGUGGGACAGCGACGGUGACGGUGACGGUGACGGUGACGGUGACGGGGACGGUGACAACCGGCCGGCACCGGGGGGGGACAUCCGGCUGCAGCUCUGGUGGUGGGGACCCCGCGGGGACACCGGGGACGGCGAUUGUCACCUCACUGGGGACACCGGGAAUGGCGAUUGUCACCUCACCGGGGACAGCGGUUGUCACCUCACCGGGGACACCGGGGACAGCGAUUGUCACCCUGCUGGGGACACCGAUUGUCACCUCACUGGGGACAGCGGUUGUCACCUCACCAGGGACACCGGGACCGGCGAUUGUCACCCUGCUGGGGACACCGGGACCGGCGAUUGUCACCCUGCUGGGGACACUGAUUGUCACCUCCUUGGUGACACCAGGACCGGCAAUUGUCACCUUGCUGGGGACACUGGGACCGGCGAUUGUCACCUCUCCGGGGAUACCCGGGAAUGGCAAUUGUCACCUCCCCAAGGACACCGAUUGUCACCCCCUUGGUGACACCAGGAAUGGCGAUUGUCACCCCCCUGAGGACACCGGGAAUGGCGAUUGUCACCUCCCCGGGGACACUGAUUGUCACCUCCUUGGGGACACCGGGAACAGCGAUUGUCACCUCCUCGGGGACACUGAUUGUCACCUCCUUGGGGACACCAGGAAUGGCAGUUGUCACCCCCCUGAGGACACCGGGAAUGGCGAUUGUCACCUCCUUGGGGACACCAGGAACAGCGAUUGUCACCUCCUUGGGGACACCCAGGAAUGGCGAUUGUCACCGCCUUGGUGACACCAGGGACAGCGAUUGUCACCCUGCUGGGGACAGCAAUUGUCACCUCCUUGGUGACACCAGGACCGGUGAUUGUCACCUCCUUGGGGCCACCCGGGAAUGGCGACUGUCACCCCGCUGAGGACACCGGGAAUGGCG